CCGCGGUGGGCGGGGCCCGCGGCUCCAUCAUGGCGGCGGCGCCGGCUUCCCUGUGGUGGCUCUGGGCUGCGCUGCUCGUCCCUGCAGCCGCGGUCUACGAGGACCAAGUGGGAAAGUUUGACUGGAGACAGCAGUAUGUUGGGAAGCUCAAGUUUGCCUCCUUGGAAUUUUCUCCUGGAUCUAAGAAGUUGGUUGUGGCCACAGAGAAGAAUGUGAUUGCAGCGUUAAAUUCUCGUACUGGAGAGAUCUUGUGGCGCCAUGUGGACAAGGGCACCGCAGAAGGGUCUGUGGAUGCCAUGCUGCUUCACGGACAGGAUGCAAUCACUGUGUCAAGCGGAGGCCGCAUCAUGCGUUCCUGGGAGACUAACAUUGGGGGCCUGAACUGGGAGAUAACCUUGGAUAGUGGCAGUUUCCAGGCACUCGGACUGGUGGGGCUGCAGGAGGCGGUGCGCUAUGUUGCUGUCCUGAAGAAGACUACUCUUGCCCUCCAUCACCUGUCCAGUGGGCACCUGAAGUGGGUGGAGCAUCUUCCAGAAAGUGACAGCAUCCACUACCAGAUGGUGUAUUCUUAUGGCUCUGGGGUGGUGUGGGCCCUCGGCGUUGUUCCCUUCAGCCAUGUGAACAUUGUCAAGUUUAACGUGGAAGACGGAGAGAUUGUUCAGCAGGUCAGAGUUUCAACCCCGUGGCUGCAGCAUCUCACCGGAGCCUGUGGUGUGGUGGAUGAGGCUGUCCUGGUGUGUCCUGACUUGAGCUCUCGUUCCCUCCAAACUCUAGCCCUGGAGACAGAGUGGGAACUUCGACAGAUCUCCUUGCAGUCUCUCAACUUAGAAUUUGGGAAUGGAUUCCAACCCCGGGUCCUCCCCACCCAACCCAACCCAGUGGAACCUUCUCGGGCCCAGUUCUUUCUGCAAGUGUCCCCAAGCCACUAUGCUUUGCUGCAUUACCACCACGGAGCUCUGAGUCUGCUCAAAAACUUUCCCCAGACUGCUCUUGUGAGCUUUGCCACCACAGGGGAGAAGACAGUGGCCGCAGUCAUGACCUGUCGGAAUGAGGCAAAACCAAGCAAUUCUGAAGAUGGCUCAAGGGCAAGCUUUUCAGAGAAGUCCAGUGCACAGGACUCAUUGAUGUGCUUCAACCAGACCUAUACUAUUAACCUCUACUUAGUGGAGACAGGUCGGCGGCUCCUGGACACUGCAAUUUCCUUUGGCCUGGAGCAGAAUGGUACCCGACCUGAGAAGCUGUACAUCCAGGUGUUCUUAAAGAAGGAUGACUCAGUGGGCUACCGUGCUCUGGUGCAGACGCAGGACCACCUGCUACUUUUCCUGCAGCAGCUGGCAGGGAAGGUGGUGCUGUGGAGCCGUGAGGAGUCCUUGGCUGAAGUGGUGUGCCUGGAGAUGGUGGACCUGCCCCUGACUGGGGCACAGGCUGAGCUGGAAGGAGAAUUUGGCAAGAAGGCAGCAAUUCAAGAUGGUUUGUUGGGGAUGUUCCUGAAACGCCUCUCGUCUCAGCUCAUCCUGCUGCAGGCAUGGACCUCCCACCUCUGGAAAAUGUUCUAUGAUGCUCGGAAGCCCCGAAGUCAGAUCAAAAAUGAGAUCAACAUUGACACUUUGGCCAGAGAUGAGUUCAACCUGCAGAAGAUGAUGGUGAUGGUGACAGCCUCAGGCAAGCUUUUUGGCAUUGAGAGCAGCUCUGGCACUAUUCUGUGGAAACAGUAUCUGCCUAGUGUGAAGCCAGACUCCUCCUUUAAGCUGAUGGUCCAGAGAACGACUGCCCAUUUCCCCCACCCCCCUCAGUGCACCCUGCUGGUAAAGGACAAGGAAACAGGAAUGAGUUCUCUGUACGUCUUCAAUCCUAUUUUUGGCAAGUGGAGCCAGGUGGCCCCCCCAGUGUUGAAGCGCCCCAUCUUGCAGUCCCUGCUUCUCCCAGUCAUGGACCAAGACUAUGCCAAGGUGUUGCUGUUGAUAGAUGAUGAGUACAAGGUCACAGCGUUCCCAGCCACUCGCAAUGUCUUACGGCAGCUACAUGAGCUGGCUCCUUCCAUCUUCUUCUAUUUGGUGGAUUCAGAGCAGGGACGGCUCAGUGGAUAUCGGCUUCGAAAGGAUCUUACCACUGAACUGAGCUGGGAGCUGACCAUUCCUCCAGAAAUACAGCGGAUCGUCAAGGUGAAGGGGAAACGCAGCAGCGAGCAUGUCCAUUCCCAGGGCCGGGUGAUGGGCGACCGCAGUGUGCUCUAUAAGAGCCUGAACCCCAACCUGCUGGCUGUGGUGACAGAGAGCACGGAUAUUCACCAUGAGCGCACAUUCAUCGGCAUCUUCCUUAUUGAUGGUGUCACGGGACGCAUCAUCCACUCCUCUGUGCAGAGGAAAGCCAAAGGCCCUGUUCAUAUCGUGCAUUCAGAGAACUGGGUGGUGUACCAAUAUUGGAACACCAAGGCUCGGCGCAAUGAGUUUACUGCCCUGGAGCUCUACGAGGGCACCGAGCAGUACAAUGCCACUGCCUUCAGCUCCUUGGAUCGUCCCCAGCUGCCCCAGGUCCUCCAGCAGUCCUACAUCUUCCCCUCCUCCAUCAGUGCCAUGGAAGCCACCAUCACUGAGCGGGGCAUCACCAGCCGGCACCUGCUCAUUGGGCUGCCUUCUGGAGCAAUUCUUUCCCUCCCGAAAGCCUUGCUGGAUCCUCGACGCCCAGAAAUCCCAACAGAACAAAGCAGAGAGGAGAACCUGAUCCCAUAUUCUCCAGAUGUACAGAUCCAUGCAGAGCGAUUCAUCAACUAUAACCAGACAGUUUCUCGAAUGCGAGGUAUCUACACAGCUCCUUCAGGCCUGGAGUCUACUUGUCUGGUGGUGGCCUAUGGCCUGGAUAUUUACCAAACUCGAGUCUAUCCCUCCAAACAGUUUGAUGUCCUGAAGGAUGACUAUGACUAUGUCCUCAUCAGCAGUGUCCUCUUUGGCCUAGUUUUUGCCACUAUGAUCACGAAGAGGCUGGCACAAGUAAAACUGCUUAAUCGUGCCUGGCGGUAGAGGCCCAGUUUUUGUGCCAGAGUGGACAGAGGGAUAGAGGGAGUUAGCCAAGCAGCUACCAUGGUUUGGUGAUGUUUGUGUGUGUAUGUGUGUUGGGUUCUUAUCUGAGAGGUGUAAGAAGGUGUAUCUUCACAUGGAAUCGGACACCUUUUGUGGACAGACAUGGUGUUCACCCAGAACAGCUGAAGAGUUCCUGUACCUGAGAGACUCCCCUAAAGCUGCUGCUUGGGUUUCUUUACUCAUCCAAAAGUCUUCAAGAAUGUCCCCCCCCCCCCCAAAGACCUCCAACUGAUUCUCUCUCUGUGUCAGUACUGGGACUUGGA